UUUAGAGACUGUCCUCCUGUCAGUCUGCAAACCUCACCAACCAAACCACCUUCAGUCCAUUCAAAGGCACCAGACGCUUCUCCAGGACGCGAGGGGGUGGGCAGCAUCUCAACUCUCUAUCCUAAACAAACACCCAACUGCUGAAGCUGCUACACUCAUGGCUGUAGUGAGGUUCUACAGUAAUGAAGUUGUGAGUGGGCGAGCCAUACAGAGGGCCGCCAAGCUCUACCCCCAGCUGUCCAUCACCACUGAGCUGUGCUACAAUGUGGAGCUGACAGGCUGUCAGAGGCUCAGUGCCGAGCAGACGGAGGUUCUCCUCUGGUUGUUUCGUCCUCCCCUGCAGGCAGAGCCGCUGUCUGAGGAAACCAACCUCACAGAGGGCAGGGGGGAGAAACUGGUGGAGAUUGGACCCAGGUUGAACUUCUCCACCGCCUGGUCCACUAACGCCGUGUCCAUCUGCCAGAGCGCCGGCCUCGCUAACGUCACACGGGUCGAGCUGUCUCGCAGAUUUCUAAUCAAGCCAAAGAAUGGAGAGAACGUUGACAAACUUGAUGGAGACACAGAGAAGCUGAUUGCGUGUCUGUAUGACAGUAUGACAGAAUGCAUCUAUCAACAUCCCAUCACAUCCUUCACCGUGGAAACCAAACCGCAGCCAGUGUUUGAGGUGGACAUCCUGGGGAAGGGCCGUGCAGCCUUGGAGAUGGCAAACGAUAAUCUGGGUGAGACUGUUAACAAUUUCCUAUAUUGGGUUUUCUUCUUAGCAUCCUAUUCAGCUUCAGCCUACCUCCAUCUUGUGUCCAGUGGUAUCAAAGGGAUGGAGCUGGAGUGUGUUUACCCAAAGGACCCAUCCCGGGCCAGCCAGUAUGAGACGCGGCGCUCACUAAGACACGUCAUCUUUACCGCAGAGACGCACAACUUUCCAACAGGUGUAGCGCCAUUCAGCGGAGCCACCACAGGCACAGGAGGUCGAAUCAGAGAUGUCCAGAGUGCUGGGCGGGGAGGCCACGUCAUCGCCGGCACCGCAGGCUACUGCUUCGGCAACCUGCACAUCCCAGGUUACGUUCUCCCCUGGGAGUCUGAAGGAGAGGGCUGGGAGUAUCCUUCCAGCUUUGCCCCUCCACUGCAGGUGGCAGUUGAAGCCAGUGAUGGAGCCUCAGACUAUGGCAACAAGUUUGGAGAACCUGUCCUGUCAGGUUUUGCUCGUUCUUUUGGCAUGCGGCUGGCUGAUGGAGAGCGACGAGAGUGGAUUAAGCCAAUCAUGUUCAGCGGUGGUCUCGGUUCUAUUGAGGCUACACAUGUAAAGAAAGAAGAGGCAGAGAAUGGAAUGGAAGUGGUGAAGAUCGGUGGGCCGGUGUACAGAAUCGGCGUGGGAGGAGGAGCAGCCUCCUCUGUACAAGUCCAGGGUGACAACUCCAGCGACAGGGAUCUGGGUGCAGUGCAGAGGGGAGACGCUGAGAUGGAGCAGAAGAUGAAUCGCGCUCUCAGGGCGUGUCUGGAAAAGAGCGGCGGGAACCCAAUCUGCAGUAUACACGACCAGGGGGCAGGAGGAAAUGGUAACGUGCUUAAGGAGCUAAGUGAGCCAGCAGGAGCCGUAAUCUACUGCAGUAGAUUUAAGAAAGGAGACCCCACACUGAGUGUGCUGGAGCUGUGGGGGGCAGAGUAUCAAGAGAGCAAUGCCCUGCUGCUCCGUCCAUCGGACAGGGGCUUCCUGGAGAGGGUGUGUCAGAGGGAGAAGUGUCCUGUUGACUUUGUGGGAAACAUCACUGGAGACGGCAAGAUUGUGCUGAUGGAUGAUGAUAGAGGCAGUGGGGAUCAAGCAGACACGGGGCGCUGUCCUGUCGACCUGCAGCUGGAAUGGGUUCUGGGGAAGAUGCCGCAGAAGAAGUUUAAGAUGGAGCGUCUGGCCCCAACCCAUCAGCCGCUGGCUCUUCCUGCCGGGCUGAAAGUCAUAGACGCGCUGGACAGAGUUUUACGUUUGCCCGCUGUGGCGUCCAAACGCUACCUGACCAACAAGGUGGACCGGUCUGUGACUGGGUUGGUUGCCCAGCAACAAUGCGUCGGCCCUCUUCACACCCCAUUGGCCGAUGUGGCUGUUGUUGCUCUGUCACCGUUCAGCCUGGAGGGAGCAGCUACUGCCAUUGGAGAGCAGCCAAUCAAAGGCCUGAUCUGUCCUGCAGCUGGGGCUCGCAUGGCUCUUGGAGAGGCUCUGACCAAUUUGGUGUUUGCCAGAGUCACAGCUUUGAAGGAUGUGAAGUGUAGUGGAAACUGGAUGUGGGCUGCCAAGCUUCCUGGUGAGGGAGCCUGUCUGUGGGAGGCCUGCAAAGCCAUGUGCGAGGUCAUGGGUCAGCUGGGAGUGGCCGUUGAUGGGGGCAAGGACUCUCUGAGUAUGGCUGCUAGAGUAGGGAAAGAGACCGUCAAAGCUCCAGGUGCUCUGGUUAUUUCGGCAUAUGCCGUUUGUCCUGACAUCACAGCUACUGUGACCCCUGACCUCGAGGAUCCAGAUGGCAAAGGUGUGUUGUUGUGGGUUCCUCUCAGUCCAGGCCGUCAUCGCCUGGGAGGAUCUGCCCUGGCUCAGUGCUACAGCCAGCUGGGAGACUGCUCUCCUGACCUGGAGCAGCCAGAACUAUUGACUGGCUGCUUCAACACCACACAGGCACUCAUACAAGAUCGUCUGCUGAGUGCAGGUCAUGACAUCAGCGAUGGAGGCCUCAUUUCCUGCUUGCUGGAGAUGGCGUUUGCAGGAAACCGUGGGAUUGAUGUUGAGCUGCCAUCACAAGGAGCUGGAGUCACAGAGCUGCUGUUCAGCGAGGAGCUGGGUCUGGUUCUGGAGGUUUCACAGCUCGAUGUUGAAACGGUGUGUCAGAGAUACAGUGACGCAGGCGUGCAAUGCCACCGUGUCGGCAGAACCUGCGGCUUUGGACCAGAGGCUGUGGUCAGUGUUAGUGUGGAUGGACAGGAGGUACUGAGAGAGCCACUGCCUAACCUCAGAGCAUUAUGGGAGGACACCAGUUUUCAGCUGGAGCGCCUCCAGUCCAAUGAAAUCUGUGUUAAAGAGGAAGAAGAAGGGCUAGCCAAGAGGACACAGCCCUACUUCAAACUGACCUUUGACCCCUCCAUUUCGCCCAGCAUCAGCCAGCUCAGUGCAGGUCAGCCUCGCGUAGCUGUGGUCAGGGAAGAGGGCAGUAACGGAGACCGAGAGAUGUCAGCGUCUCUGUACAUGGCCGGCUUUGAGGUUUGGGAUGUCAACAUGCAGGACCUGUGCUCUGGCUCCCUAACGCUGGAGACUUUUAAAGCAGUUGUGUUCGUAGGUGGAUUCAGCUACGCAGAUGUCCUGGGAUCAGCUAAAGGUUGGGCUGCUACUGUUGCAUAUAACCCCAAGGCCAAAGCUGAGUUUGAUCGCUUCCGUCAGCGGAGAGACACACUGAGUCUGGGAGUGUGUAACGGCUGCCAGCUGCUCGCCCUGCUGGGCUGGGUGGGAGAGGGCGAGCAUGGAGCAGAAACUGAAGUAGUGCUGACCCAUAAUAAGUCCGGCAGGUUUGAGUCCCGGUUCGUCAGCGUGGGAAUCCAGGAGUCCCCGUCUGUCUGGCUCAGAGGCAUGGAGGGCUCGGCUCUGGGAGUCUGGGUUGCACAUGGAGAAGGUCUGAUGCAAUUUUGUAGCUCUGUGGCCCAGGACCAGAUAAUCUCUGGUGGGCUCGCCCCCGUCCGUUACCUUGACGACCAGGGUCAUCCCACUGAAGUGUACCCUCUGAACCCUAACGGCUCCCCACAGGGCAUAGCGGGGCUCUGCUCUAGGGACGGGAGGCACCUGGCCAUGAUGCCCCACCCGGAGCGCUGCACCCUGGGCUGGCAGACGCCCUGGGCCCCGAGGGACUUCAGAUCUUCUCUCACCCCUUCACCCUGGCUACGCAUGUUCAAGAACGCAGUUGCCUGGUGCAGCAACACAGAGUGAUACUACGCUGUUAACAUCUCUGCCAAAGUAGUAUUCUAGUCUUUUUAGGGUUGUGAGUCAAGUGAAACUGUAAGGCCUGUUACAUUACUGAGUUGUGUACUACACCUUUUUACUCACUG